AUGAAGCGAAGCUUCCCGGCUGUACAUCGACGAAGAAAUCAGCCAUUGAUUUCCAGGUGGUCACAACAAUCACGCCUCUUCAAGACCGCAUCCAUGGCGCCCACCAAAAAGUCCAAAGCCGCAAAAUCAUCCGAGUCCAUCGCGGCCAAGUUGGCGCUUGUCGUAAAAUCGGGCAAAUACAGCCUGGGGUACAAGUCGGCACUGAAGCAGAUGAGGAAUGGCAAGGCCAAACUUGUUCUUAUCGCGGGUAACUGCCCUCCUCUUCGCAAAUCUGAACUCGAGUACUAUGCGAUGCUCUCAAAAACGACCGUUCACCACUUUUCUGGCACCAACGUCGCUCUGGGUACGGCUGCUGGAAAGCUCUUCCGUGUUGGUGUCAUGACUGUCUCGGACCAGGGCGACUCUGACUUGCUCAACUUUGCAGAGGGUAACACUGCUUGA